GUUGACGAUGACACAAUGAUGUCAGCAACGAACAUGGCCUCUGUGACACAAGCCGCUAUUUAUAAGCAUUGCGUUCGUCCAGCAAAUUCUUGUUGUCGCGUGUUACAGAACAUUUCGAUAGUAGUAUGUCAAUGUAGAAUGUGCAUGUUUUCCGGGCGCACGUUUUGGCGGAACCUUUUGAUAGAGACAAUCCUGUUAGCGUUAAUUUUCACAGACUUUGGAAUUCAGUUGCUGUCGUUAAUCAAAUUUCCAGCUCUUUCUACUGAGGAUAAAUUGGAAUACAAUUUCUAUCCUGUCGCGAGCGGACAACUUCAGUUCCGGAUAAAAGCACCAAACGAUGCCCAUAUCGCACUUACAACGGGUCCCCACGAGGGUGAGCCUAUGUACGAGGUUUUCAUUGGUGGUUGGAGCAACAGCAAGUCUGUAAUUCGUAAAAAUAGGACGAAACCCGAUGUUGCCGAGGCAGAUACACCUGGUAUCCUGAGUGCUGAUGAAACGCGUGGAUUCUGGAUCAGAUGGGACGAUGGUGUUAUCUCAGUAGGUAAAGAGGGCGAACCAAGCGCAUUUCUCACGUACGCCGAUCCAGAGCCGUUCGGAAUCGGUUACUUCGGGGUAUGCACCGGUUGGGGUGCAUCCGGUGAAUGGUUAAUCGAAGGACAUGGCCCCUUGACAACACGGAAUGAGUUAGUCUACACAUUUCAUAAUGUAAGGAGCGGCUCGGUCCUCAUCGAAGUGAGGGCUAAGAGUAACGCGCACAUCGCCCUGACCAACAAAAAAGGCGACUCGAGCCCGAUGUACGAAAUCAUGCUCGGGGGUUGGGAAAACUCAGCAUCCAUCAUCAGAUACGAUCGCAAACAACCCGACAAGGUGCACGUGAAUACGCCAAAUCUGCUGAACGAGAACGAAACGAAGAAGUUCGCGAUUUGUUGGCUCGAUGGUCGUAUCAUGGUCAGGGCUGGUGAUGUUAAUGGUCCUGUGAUCAUGGAAUGGCAAGAUCCUAAGCCGAUUGGCGUGAGCUACGUGGGUGUGCGUACCGGUUGGGGAGCAACCGGCAAAUGGAAACUUCGAACCGCGCAGUAUCCAUCCCAUCCACCCCACAAAAACGUGAAUCCAUCGGCCCCACCUCCACCAUCGGGCGUCAUGGAUAUAGGAGAGUUCUGUUGGUGUGAGGCAACUGGUGGAAUAAUUCCUCCAGGUGCAGUCGAAGGAGGAAAAGAUAUAAGUGGUGAACCCUUGUACGUGGGCAGAGCCUAUCACGAGGGUGCUCUUCUACCUGGCAAAGUGAAGCCAGGAGACUCUGUAUGUUAUGUGGCUUGGGGCGGUGAUGAACAUGGAAAGACUGAUUAUCAGGUUCUCUGUGGUUGCAACCCAAUGUGGGUUCCAACAACCGGAAACAACAUUCCUCACAACGCAAUUCCAUCUGGUGAAUCAGAAGACGGAGAGCCACUCUAUGCUGGCCGCGUACUGCACGAAGGCGCUAUGACAAUCGGCAAAGUACAACCUUCGCACAGCGUGUGUUACAUAGCAUUUGGUGGUGCUGAGAUUGCGUUCCCAGAAUAUGAGAUCAUGGUUAAACCUUAAAUUAGAAUUAGUUGCACCAACGUCGAUGAAUUUGUCAAUGAAUCCCAAUCUCUUACAAUGAUUUUAUGUUUGAACGCGAUCGAAAUACCAGAAAUAGGCUAUAUCAAGGAUUCAACAAAAAUAUUUUAUGUACGCAUAAUUGUGCUGCUUAGUGGUUGUUCGCGUAUAUGAAGACAUAUGAAAAUAUUUGUAGCCCAAUAAUCGAAUCUCAAUUGUUAUUGAUAUCUAAAUAAGAGGGAAAGAAGCGACAUAUUAUGUAUUAUAAGAUUAAUGAGAAUCUCCUAUGUGUGCAAACUAGUCUAAUUACAAAUGGGCGGGUCGUGACUCAUGUUCAUCGAUCAGUUGGUGUACAACGGACGUAUACUUCUACACAGAACGUAAUUACAAUGUCAAUAACGUAGAAAUUAUCGAUCAAAAACUGGCAAUGUAUAUAUAUAGUUCAGUUACAUAUAUAUAUAUGCGUUAAUAACUGGCUACAUAGUAGUAUCGAUAAUUCCUGUUUAUGCAGUUUAAGGUACAACUUGCAUAUCGCUUGAUUGCCUAUUUCGUAUCAGAGUAUUAUGAAAAACAUUUUGUUCGUAACCACAUAGUGGUUUAAUUUAAUGCACAAUAGUUCUCGCUUUUCUACAAUCGUUGAUUUCAAAGUCUAUAUUGUUACAAAACAAUAAAUAAUAUUUCCGAAAAGAGA